UAUUUAUUGACGGUCGUAUGCCGUACCGAGAUAUGUUAGACUGACCACCGUGAUAGUGGUCAGUCAAGUGUAUUCACGAAGUUUUCGUGCGUUAUGGAUUUAUAAAAUGUUUUUCAUUCGACGGUCUGAACAGGUAGAUGUCGCACAUAAACUUUUUAAAUAAAUAAAAAGUUUUAUAUAAUUUUGAUCGAAUAUAUUUCACAUGUUAUGUAUAUAUUUCUACAUGAAUUUAUCUAUUUCAGUUAUGGUGAUUUUCUGUUGCCAUGGGAAUUGAAGUAUGUUCGGGUACGAAAGACGGGAGACAUGCAAAGUGUGGUUGUGAUUUAUAUACUAUAUAGUGAGUGGGAAUAGUGGUUCAGGACUAUUCACGUGAUACCAUUAAUGUUCACGUGCUGUUUUUUUCUUUUCUUAUAUGUUAAGAGACAGUGCAGCCAUCGUUUCAUUAUGGCAAUUUUUGUUGUUUUGUUGAACCAUUAUUCAUGUGUGAUUUUUGAAUGUGCGAAAAUGGAAUAAAUUCAUCUACCUGUUUGUACCAAUCCUAUACAUUCUUGCUUGUUUAUUUCUGGUACGAAUUUAAGUGAGAUAAUAAAUAAUUUAUGUUUGGCCUAAAUGAAAUGAAGAGAAAACAUAAAUACCAGUUAAGUGAGUGCAUUAACUGAAAACAAAAAAGUUUUACGGACGGCAAUUGUAGAUCAGAUAUGACCGUGUCAGGGUCAGAAGUUUAAUUGAAGUGUUGGAGUGACUCACCAUAGUUAAACAAGUACAGAUAAUGGAGACAGAUACGGAGUUCAAGCUGGAUGAAUGGGACGAUCGUUCAGAAAUAUCAACGUUACACUUGUCAUUUAUCAUCCAGACCCUCCUUCCAAUACGAUGGAUAGGAUGGAAGAAUGGUCCCGCUUACAAGUCGUAUCAGAAAUUCCUGUCAGAGAACCAGUCUUCAGAGGAAGACAGUGUCAUGUAUAUACCAACCGGAAGUCAAGCUGAGGGUAUCGGGAUACCCGAAGCUAUACGGAAAGGGUCGAUCCCACCAACACCAGAGAUAUUUUCUGAUACUGAUGUUUUAUGUAUCAUUAAAGGAAUGAGAUUUUCGACAAACAGAAUUGAUGAACCAAGUGGUGAAUUUCAUGGUUACCUUGAUUACGAGCAUUCUCCUCCAGGUUACGUCCGAUUAUGUCUGUUGACUUUGCCUAAAAACCCAAGCAUGGUUAUACAUGAUCAAGACACAGGAAAACAUUACUUAAGCAGCAGUAAUGUGUCAAAUUACAUGUUUUCAAAUUUAACAUUUACCGAUGCAGAUGAAGAAAAAGUGAAAUAUCAACAAGGUCCUGCUAUGACUAUUACAGAUCGAGGUAAACUAAUGUUAAACAAAAAAGUUAAAGUUCAACCUUUCAAUGAAAUACCUACGGAUAUUGUCCCAGCAUUUAUUUGUUCUCCUUGGCCAGAGAAAGCUAAAUGCUGGGAAAGUAGAGGAAGAGAGUCAGGAUGGUUAAAUCCACGUCUGGUCACAUCAGUUAUUGCAGACGGUUGUCACGUUGUUGGCGUGCCUUCCAAGACUAGCUUAAAACCAGACAUAGAAUGGAGAUUAUCGUUCUCGGCGUCUGAAGGAAGACUGGCACGUGAGGCGGUCACAGAUCAUCAGAGACAGUGUUAUAUUUAUCUGAAAAUAUUGCGCUAUCAAAUCAUGCAGAAAGAAGUGACAGCUUUAUCAUCAUACGUUUUUAAGUCAGUCUUCUUGCACUGUUGUGAGAAACUGCCAGUUAGUCUUUGGAAAGAUUAUCCCGGUAACUGUGUUCUAUACAUGCUUGAUGUUCUUCUGCAAUGUCUCCAUAGAAAGCACGUGCCAACAUACUUCCUGUCCGAAACUAACCUGGUUAGUCAUCUGAAUGAAUCCGAUUUUCAAACAGCGAUAAAAGUCAUUGAGAAGCUUCGCUCCGAUCCAAUAACUCCAGUGUUGGAAUUUAUGGACCAUAGAUGCUUGUUAAUGCAACCACUUCUUGGCACAUUUAGAAUGAUGAUGACACCAGUGCUAGAAGACAUGAAACAAUUCAAACAGCAUAGAAACAAACUAUUGUCUAUCAAGUGUGGUAUAAGCCAGUCAAUAUUUUUAAUUUGCUCUCUUUACCUGCGUGAACACGCGGACGGUUCCGAUAACCUAACGUUACGAAAGCACCAAGAAGCAGUAAAAUGCCUGGCAACUGCUUUUUCACAGUGGCUUCAUAAAGUUCAUCCAAAUGACACUCUUGUAACAGUAAUCAAUGCCUACGGUCUAAGUUUACAGGCGUUGGAGUAUUCUGUCCGUUUCUUUAAAGCAGCGGUAAGCUUGUCAGAUGAAUACCCCGAGCUAGGACAAUGUAGAGGAAAUCUAGCAUGCAUGCUGCACGCAUGUGCGUAUGCAAAAGAGAGCCAGAUAAACACUGACUAUCUAAACCAAGCAGGUGAACUGUUUGAGCAGGAUUACACUGAAAGUAAGGCAGGCACAGUUGAUUAUGUUACAUUCCUUCUGAAGCAGAAUGAAUACGAAAAGGCCAAGGAAAUCCUGGAACACUUUUUAGGUCACUGUAGUCAUUUAUUUGAUAUGUUAUACAGUUAUUCUACAAAGGAAUUGAAUACAGUCGACGAACCUCUUCGGUGUCAUAUCGAAGCCAAUGGAAAUGUCACCGGAGACGCGUUUUCAUUUGCUUGUUAUUACCUGGUAAAAUGUCUCUGUGCACUUACUUUAAAAGGCAGAUCAUUGGAAAUCAAGAACGUACUCCAUGACCUUCAACAACAUCGAAAAGAUAAAAAGUCUGAAUGUUCUUUUGAUUUCUACGAACAAGCCAAAACAGUGUCACUUCAGAACAACAAGUAACUUCCCAAAAGAUAUGUUAAAUUACAGCACUAUUAGUAUAAAUAGUGUAUGAAUGUUAUAUGCAGCAAUUCAAUAAAGAUGUACAAAUAUACAUGUACUUAGAUGAAUUUUAAACAAUUAUAGGAAAAGUAGUUCCUUCACUCAUAGAUUUCAUGAAAUUAUUUUAAAACCUUAAUUUUUGUUUACUUUGAAAUGAAGGGCCGAAAUUACCUAACAUGCCAUAUAAUAUUACAACUAUAUAUUACCGUAUUUGCUUUGUUUUACAGCAACGGUAUGUUGGUGUCACUAUAUCCUAUAGGCAUUGAAGCUGCUGGGAUAAGAAGUAAUGGAUACCGCAUAAUUUUCUUUAGGAUAGAACAUCCAUGCAUAAAGAUCAGUAUUUACUACGAGGGUUGUUCAAAAAUAAAGUAGACAUAUUAAAAAACCGCCUGUUGUGUAUAGUUCAAUGCGAAAUAUAUUGCAAACUGUGUGCAAUUUGACUCUACAUUUUUGUAACAUUUUUGCGAAUAGGCGAAGCACUACCAUAGCUACGCAAACCGGCGCAGUCGCUUUUUCAUCUGUCAUGAUUUGAAUUCGACCGCUAAUAAUCACAAUUUACUAUUCUAAAGUGUAAAUGCCAUAAUCUAUUCAAAAUUACUGAUUGCAUUUAGCAUGUACUUACAUUUACCCACACUUUAUGUAAUUCAGAACAUCACAAUAAAAUAAAACAUCCUU